GCGUGGAGCCGCGAGGAGCGCACACACUGAGACACACGGAGAGAGAGAGAGAGAGAGUGAGAGAGAGAGAGAGAGUGAGAGAAGGAGAGCCACAGAAGAUGGACGGAGUGGGAUCGUUCGGAGCGGGCAGGGCCGGAACCACCAUCGACCCCAUCGCCUUCGCCAAACAGCCGACGACCAUCCUCAGAGUGCUGUCCUGGAUAUUCUCUCUGGUGGUCUUCGCCUCCAUCGUGAACGAAGGUUACGUUAACUUCGGCAGCGAGCGCCUCCACUGCGUCUUCAACCAGAAUGCAGAUGCAUGCAACUACGGCGUGUUCAUGGGCCUGGUGGGCCUGCUGGCGUGCUCCUUCUUCUUCCUGCUCGACUACAAGUUCUCGUCCAUCAGCUCCGUCAAAGACAGAAAGAAGGCCAUCAUGCUGGAGAUCGGCUUCUCGGGUUUCUGGACUUUCCUGUACUUUGUAAGUUUCUGCUUCCUGGCCAAUCAGUGGUCUCGGACUUCAUCUGAUGAUCUACCGCUCAACCAGGGGGCAGAUGCAGCCAGGGCAGCCAUCACCUUCUCUUUCUUCUCAAUAAUCACCUGGGCUGGUCUAACGGUCCGUGCAGUCCAGAAGUAUCUCCUCGGCACAGACAUGACUCUGUUCACCACAGAGCAUAUGGACGGCGGCGCGCCCACCCAGCCGUACCCCUCCAAUUCACCUGGAGGCGGCACCACCGAGACCACAGAGACCUACCAGAGCCCGCCAUUCACUGAGAACAACGCAGCACCCACGUACCAGGUUCCCAUUUACUAGGCGAGAAAGACCGAGGAAGGUUGGGAGAGGAAGAAGUGAUGGAAAACCUGUUGCUAUUUAUCUGGGCUGAGUUUUCAAUAGGUGUUCAAACAUUGGCCUUUGCCUUCUUUGUUUCCUUUUCUUGUAUCCUUUCCUUCCUUGACAUUCCAGCUUUUUCUGCACUUUUCUAGACAUCUACUACAAACAGUAUUCCCUUCUUUAGCACACCCAGUGUUGUCAGAUAAGAGCAGAUUUGUUAAAAAGAAAACAAGGGGAGGAAAUGUAGAAGAGGAGGCCACUGUGCUGUGUUCAAACAUAGAAAAGAGACGAAGGGAUCAACAGGUUUGGGACUCAACCACAAAGCAGUAUUAGGCAGAAAUAGUGCAGAAGGCAUUCACAUACGGCACCUUCGUCUUAUUCUUUUCCUUCAUUCGAGUGUUAAAUCCCCUUUUCACGCCAAACAGUACGGGGAAUGUGAUUUUUUUUUUUUUUUUUUUUUAGCUGCGGGUCUGAUUGCGCCUCCCUCUUUUCCCUGCUGCAGUUAAAAGUGAUCAUGUGUGUUGAAUCUGCAUGUUUCCAAACUUAGACAUCAACUAAGUGCCAUAAUGUAAUGUGUGUCUCAGACAGUGACUUAAGUUAGUACAUUUCCACAUGCUGUAAAAAACGACAACAAUGUUUUGUGACCAAGUGCAAUAUCUCAAUUUCUUAUGUAAGUCUGUAGGUAGGUGUAACAUGUACCGUAGGUAGGCUAUUUACCAUCAGACUUGACACGUUGUAGGCACUGUCUCAAAUUACAUACUAGUCUUUGAACUGUACCGAGAUUCAGGCUUAUUUUCAAUUUAAAAUCAAACUUUGACUGGGCUUUCCAGAUGUGGAGAGUCACUGUAUAUCCAACAAAACCUGAUCUUAGCUUGUUGUCAGUUUAGAUACAAUAAUGAUUAGUCAAAACGCUCUCAUGUCAUCUCAUCAAGUAUUCUAGUCUUCCUGUAUGUGGUAGUGACCUUUUAUUUAAACACACUUUAAAGAAAUAUGGUAUCACAAUGCAAAAUGUCUCACUCAUUAGAAUAAUAGCUAGAUCUGCGUGAUUCUAGUCCAUUAAUAUAUUAGGGUCAGUUAUUCCUGGUUGAUCAUUUGGGGAACUUUUAAUCCACACUUAAUAACUUUUCAGUGUUGUGUUUCUGCGCCAGGCAUGGCGGGAUUACCGAGUUGGUUUAACAGGCACCGGACCCGCCUGACCCCUUAGGCCGGAAACUCUUUGAUGUGACUUUAAACAAUUUUUGGUCAGAAUCAGUCAAAGGACUUCAAAAACACAAAAAGACAUUUAAAAUGAUCAAGACAUACAGCAAAGCAGCUCAAAGGUGCAAAAUUAACAAGAAGAUGGAGACAAAAUGAUGACAUAAAGACUGAUAAUGACAGAGACUAAAAACUACUUCAACAAAACACAACAACAAAGGGAUUAAAAAAACUUCAAAGAGACUAAGGCUCAGUCCCAGUCCCAGUUUUUAUCCCAACCUCUGUGCCUCGUUUUUAUGUGCCCUCUUGCCCCUGGAAACAGAGCUACAAAGGGUAAUAGUGAAUCUUCCACAAAACCGGUAACCUUGCAAAGCAGAUGGAUACGCCUCUUUCCGUGUUUCUCACUGUCAAAUCCAUCUUGCAGAGCUCCCGUCUGAACCGUUUGGGCCCGGUUAGAAAGUGACA